ACGCAGGCACUUUCGGCCUGGGGAGUGGGGAGGGCUCUGUUUGGAGGAGGUCACCCUGGAGACAGGCCGCGGAGUCCAAGGGGCUGCAAGGAAGGCCUGGGAGCAAGGAGCGCCGGUGUCUGCAGUGGAGGAACAGAAGGUGUGGGAGACCCCGGUCGCGGCGCCCUUGCAGCUGUGGCCUUGUGCAGGUUAUGAUGAUGUCAGACAUUGCUAAAGACAGAAAGGGUGACUCAUUGAAGAAAAGGGAGAGUGUGUCUUCUCUAAGCAGGAAGGAACUUCCUGGGCGCAUCAAAGACUCUCUGAGUACUGUGUCUUACAUGGACGAACCUAGCCAGUGUGAUGCUGCCUCUCGCCUUACAGUUCAGGUGGAAAACACCUAUCAUCUCGGCCCUAGCAAACAUUUUCCUGUGGCUAUUGUCAAUCAUAUUCUGAAGGAUGUGUUAACUAACUCUCUGCAAGAAGAACAAUAUGAACCAGAGCUCUGCAGACAGAUGACUAAAACGAUUUCUGAGGUCAUUAAAGCGCAGGUGAAGGGCUUGCUGAUCCCACGGUAUAAGCUGAUAGUGAUUGUUUACAUCGGGCAACUGAGCGGCCAGAGCAUCCUCGUUGGGAGCCGGUGCCUCUGGACCCCGGAAAGUGAUAACUUCGCAUCUUAUGUUUUUAGAAAUUCUUCACUCUUUGCUCUUGCAAAUGUCUAUGCAGUUUACUUUGAGUAACUGAAAAUAAGAAAUCUAGUAUUACUGUUUUAAAUCAAGAAAUAGGCUAUACCUAAGUGCACACAAGUUUUACUGACUAAAAGUUUUAGAAAGAAACGCUGAUACUUCAAACAAUGGGAAGAUUUUGGAUUUUCUUUGUACUUUUGUAAAG